UCUCAUUCCUCCACUGAAACCAGCACCAAGACACAUGGAGAACGCGCUGGAUGACACACAAAAUUUUGACAUUUAAUAUUAUGGGUUUUUUUGCCCGUGUGUUUUCAUCACACGCACCAUGAGAGGCUGAAGGACACAAGCAGUCUGGAUUAUUUUUUCAAUCUCUCUUUUGAUUGACAUUACAACAUCAUGGACCAGGAGGACACUAUGGACUUUCAAGCCCUGAGGGCCAAGUUUCAGGAGGAGGACCUCCUUCUAAAGCAACCCAAGCUGAAACCUGCUCUGCCAGAGAAACCCAAAGUGGUCCCCCCUCCCACUAGCCCCACACAUUACCUUCCUGCAGGGGCAAGACCCUCCCUUCUUACCACCAUCAACCAGACCCUGGAGGGGAACACGGCCAUGGCCCCACGAGUGAUCUUCAAGGACGACAAGAAGGAGAGCAAGAAACCUCUUUUCCAGACCAACUCCAAGAGUAAAGAGAAGAGUGAGGGGAAGCAGAAGAGCAGCAAGGACAAGCCGACAAAAUCUGGCAAAGACAGCGAGGAGUCCUCCGAGAAGCAAAAGAAAGGGAGCUCAAAAGAACGAAAGCUCUUGACUCUAGGAUCUUCAAAGGAAAUGUCUGGUGAGUUAGUGGCUGCAACACCUCCUCCAAAAGUCCAAACCCCAAAGAAGAAAGGCUUUAUGAGUUUUGGGAGGUCUCUUAAGAAGAAUUCGCUGGAGAAGGUUGCGACCGAUCCCAUCCUGGACACACCCAGCACUGAGAUGGAUGGAGUAAUUCCACUUAUUCCCGUUCCCUCAGACUUUGGUGACUCAGAGCCAGAGCUGUCACCACACAGUCCGGUCUCACCAUACUCUGAUGUCGUCAUGGGGAUGACUCCACCCGUCAACAUUCCCGCCCCUCCAGACUUUGCACCCCCUCCUGUUUUUAUUCCGGAUAUCCCAACUCCUGAGAUCCAGACUCCGGAGAGGGAAACACUGCCUCUGAUAACUCCUACCAUGCCAGUUAGCACGCCUGCCGCCCAGGAUGAAGUCAUCACAAAUCCACUUCAGUCCUCCCCUCUCACUCCCUCUCCACCUGAGACUGUCAUUGCUGCUGUGGAGGCUGCAGCGGAGAAGCCGCCUUCCUCUCUUAUGGAGCCUUCAUCGGCGCCACCAUCACCUAAACCCGAACGACCAAUAUCAGCACUCUCAGCCCUCGAGAGGGCAGAGGACAUGAGCCCGGCAAAGAAGUGUUCUCCUGCUGACCAGCGCAUCCUGAAUGCCUUGGAGAAGGCUCGCAGGAAGAUCAGCAACAGUGCUUGGACGACUCCGACCAGCUCCCACACUGUCACCCCACCUCCUGAAGAGCUCCCCCAGUCUCCACCAAGCCCCACCCAGUCCACCCCUGCACUUCCACCCAUUGACUAUGAGGAUCGGUUUGGCGGCGCCCUUUCACCGAAACCGGCAGAAGUUAACGGCCUUGACCACACAUUAGGGGGCGUCUCUAGUGAGCUGGCUGGAGUUAUACCGAGGCCGCAGAUGGCUCCACCUCCUCCACCAAAGAAAGCCUUGCCUGACCUUGAAACUCUGGGUCCAGCUCCCGAGAAGCCCGCCAGACCACCCAGUGUCAACCUCUUCAACUUCAGCCCCCCUCUGGUGAACGGCGGUGAGGAGGUCCAUGUCCCUGCUGAGUUCCCGGGGACUGACACCACAGACCUCCCGGAGUUCAACGAUGUGGCAUCAGACGCUCAUUCCCCAGAGCUUCAGAUGUCAGAAUGGGAGAGCGGGAGAUCCACUGCUCUAGAAGAUCAGGACGCUCAGAACGUUUCCCACUACUACAGUAACGGCUUUUCUGACUUGGCUGCUGGGGUGCAAGUGGAUACCAAUGGAUACCAAGGCAACACCCAGAUCCACCUCCCAGAGACGCCGUCACCAGAGACUCAACCUGCUGCAGGGCCGCAAACUGACGAAGGUGUAUACGACACUACAGACAACAUGUAUGAAGACGUCAGCACAGCGUACAACAAAAAGAAGGGAAAGUUAGAUGCUGGCAAGAAGUGCAAAAGACCGCUUAAAAAUCCUUAUGCUGAGGCCACACAGGAAACGAAUGAAGAGAAAAGCAAGACGAGCAGGUUUGGCAAAAGUGACAAGAAAGCAGCUGCGGAGGGCCCUGAUGAGAAAGAGAUGAAAAAGAAAGCGAAGCAGCGUCUGGAGAAGGACAAGAAGGAGCAGAAGGAAAGACAAGAACGGGCAAAGAAGGAGCAGAAAGAGAGGGAGAAGAGGGAGAAUGAGAUGAAGAAGAAAUUCAAUAUCACAGGACAGGAAGAUGCUAUCUACCAAGCUACUGUUACCGUGACGACGAAAGGGCGAAAGAACGACCUGCCUGUCAAUAAUGGCGACGUUGUUAGCAUCAUCCGGACAACUAGCUGCCCCAAAGGGAAGUGGCUGGCCAGAGACAGCAGCAACAACUAUGGCUACAUUGCCGUGGAUCAUGUGGAGCUGGACAUCAAGGAGAUGCUGGAGUUGGGCAAGAAAGCUGCGGUUAGUCGCCAAAUCAGCAGCAGCAACAUUGUCAACGGGGAGGUGGCCAGCGUGGGGAGCAGGAACUCAAAUCACUACCCACUGUCCACAGAAAGCUUCUCGGAUGACAGUGAAGAGUGGGCCUGCGAUGAUGAUGAACCCGUCUCACCUGCUGCUGAAAACCCUGACCCCCUGGCUCAAGCGGGUCACGCGAGGACUCUCUCCAUGCCAGACAUGGGCAACAAAGAGCUGAGCAUCAACCAUCAGCACAGUCAGAGUGACAUCAGCGCUGACGGAGUUCAUGUCAAAGCUCGACAUGAAGCGCUUCAGAAGCUUGCCACGUUCUUCCACACAGCCAAACCUGCACCGGCGACAGUCAGCCCCACCGAACUGAGUACAGCUCCUGCGCAAGUGACAGAGGAGGCUGUGGAUGCCUUCUAGUCAGAAGCUAACGUCAACAGCGCAGUGUCAUAAACCUGGUCACGUCGGUUCUAAGGUUUGUUGCAUUUCUUCCAGAAAUUAGCUCCUUCCAGCUCCAUGUCUUGAGUUGUUUUAAAUCCCAAAUGGUUCACUUGCCUCAGCCAUGAAAACGUUUAGAUUAAAUCAAUUCUAAAUCGAUAGAAUCUUUUUUUUUCCCCAGUCAUAGUUAAACAUUUUUUAAAAGUGUACGUACACAUGCACAUGUUCCACACAACACCAGCUGGUGGUUGCAAUGUUAUACCUUCCUCUGCUAUGCUUUCGAUGACACGCUGCUUUUUGAACUCAUGUCUGUCUCCACAGGUCAGCAAUGAGCUCCUCGCAAGAGAUGGAUUUCAACAACCCCACCACGCUGAUCUUACCUCCUCCUGAGCUGUAUGCAGACUUUCCCAUGCCGUGAUCAGAGCGCUGGCAGGAGCCUUCAGACUAUUCGCUUCCAAGCUUUAGCAUCUUCUGUCAGCACCAACUCCAGAGUGACUGUUGGGAUGAUUCUGACCCCAAAAUACUGUGACCACUUCACCUUCUCAACUGUGACUUUUAACCACCAUCUGUGCUGAUUAAGGACUUUUGCACCUGUAAAGGUGGGACUCAAGUGCCGGUCUGACUUUUGCUGAUAGGUCAGACAUCUUUGAACUGUGGGUAUGGUCUUCAAAUGUUCCUUUGAACUCACUCUACCAUUUACUGCAGGAAACUAAAGAUCAGAGGGACGUUGACUUGAUGAAAAAGAUGAACAAUUUUAUGUACAAAAUUUAUACGAGGCUGCAGUUGGUGGUUGUAAUGUUUUGCAUGAGCGGCGCAGUGCUUUUGGGACUGUUCCGUGAUCCUUGGAGCUGCUUGUCUCAGCAGUAGGAAUGAAGGGCAGCACCUCAGAUUUAGUUAUUCAACAUGGUACAAACAAAAUGCAAGAAGUCUCACAAGCUGGAGAAGAUGGAUGGAACAUCUCCCUGCAUGCGCUCAGGAAAGUCUGACUCCCUCAUGGAAAGCUGCAACCUGCAACAAGCAGCCAAUGUUGAUUAUUUUCUGAAAUCUGUGGACCAGUGAAUCUGAUCGUAGAAGUUUUCAAAGAGAAAGUCAAAAAUCUUUUUUUUGUACUCAAGUAAGCAUAUAACUCACUAGCUCCCCCUGAUGCCUGCUCUCUAGAUAUAGUCCUUUUUUAUUUGCUUCUAUCACAUAAACAUCUAAAUAUCUACAUGAAUGAGCAAAAAAACAACAACAAUAUAAUUUAAAUUUAAUUUGGUUGGCGAUUUUAAAAACAAUCUUAACUAUAUGGAUAAUAUAUUUAACAAUAUGUUACGUGUAUAUUAUUGGAGAAAACAAAAAAAAAGGAUCAUGACUUCAAAGCAUGAUUUGUGAAGUGGUAUGGGGCAUUUUACACAAUCAUUGUAUGUUGAUUCAAGUAGCUGAAGUGUAUUGAGGCAUCUGUGAUUGUAGUCUUCAUCUCAUGACAAGUGUUCCUUUUGCUGAACUUUUUUUUUUCAUGUAGAACAGGCACGUCAUUCAUCCCUUCAGUCCUGAGUACCAGGCCCAGAACAGUAAUAAUGAUCAGGAGGAACAACAAACCUCACAAGUUCAUGAUGUUAGUGAACUUUGUCUAGAAGAAAAACACAAAAAUAAUCUUUCUGUGACGUGUGUGUUUAGGUUAUCAAAAACCAAGACUUGUUUAUUUACUGUUUAUUGUUUUUUUUUCAAUAAAUAUUCAUUAAAGUGCAAAUAAUAACAUGCAGCGCAGAACAAGACCAAUAAACCUCAGUGUCUCACACACACACACACACACGCACGCACACACACCGUUUAAAGGUAACAGCUGCAGGGAAACACUUUGGUGCAACAGGUAAGAUGUGCCUCAUCCAGAUUGUACGACGAACAUGCCAACGGUGGUUGCAAUACGGUAUGACAUCUGCAAGAUCAUAUUCCAGUUGCUCUUUUAAUACCACUGAUGGUGUGUUCUGGGUCGGAGUGAAUAUUGAAGUGCUACGACCCGAACGCUACAUGGAGAACAGGAGUGUAGAGGCAUCACAUCAUCAUCAGUGAACAGGCAAGAGACACUCAGAUCACAUGGAAUCAGGGAUUCGUGCAGGGAACCUUGACAAGUGAAACCUUCAACACAAACAUUUUCAAAUUAAUUCACAAAGAUAAACAAAAUCAUUUCAACAGCGUUUGUUGGAAAAGAAAAAGCUCGUCCUUUGCUGAGAUAUUCAGUGAAGCUGUGAAAACCAGUUCUAGAUUCACAAAUUGAAUUUUAAAACUGCACUAAAACAGUUCCCAUUUUCAAUACAUUAUUUUGAGAGUCACUCUGUGCACCCACAAUAAGGUUUACAAUAAGGGUUUUGAGGUAAAACUU